UUCGGGAGUCUUCCUUUCCUAAAAAGUCUGCGCCGCGUAUUUAUUUUCCUGUGUAACCCUGCCAGACGGCGUCUGCCUCUCUGAAGCUUGCAGCGAUUUCCUUUCCAGCCUGCCCUUAUCUUCUCCUGCACGUUGACUCCGGGUGACUAAUAACACAAUAACAUAAUAAAGUCGGAUUUGUUUACUCCGCUCUCCAGGGGUGCUUAUAAAAGGAGCCGCCGAGAGUCCACCAAAGGCAGAAGCGCUCGCGGAGCCUCGCUGUGGAAGAAGCAGCGCCUGCCCACCUGCUCCACCAACCCCUCCUCUUUGCGCGCAGCCUUCCUCUCGGUUGCCCAGCGGACUGCGGCCAGGGGGCUCAGCUCGGUGGCUUCGGGGGAUCGAGCGAUCGGACGGUCGCUCCGCUUCGUGUCUGCCUCCGCAAAGCUGCCUCGGGACUAAAGCGGGUUUAGAAGGCGUGAAUUGCACUGCCCGCCCCUGGGGUUAGCCGGAGGAACCGUCGGGAUGGAUUACAAGCGGAUGAUCCUUCCCCUGCUUUUCGUGAUCAGCCAGGGGGCUCAGCACGCGGGUGCAGCGGUCGAUGCCACCAAGCAGCCCGCGAGCGCCCCCUCGCCGCCGCGCAGAGUGAAGCGUUGCUCCUGUUAUUCCCUGAUGGAUAAAGAGUGCGUCUAUUUCUGCCACCUGGACAUCAUCUGGAUUAACACUCCCGAGCGGAUUGUACCAUAUGGGCUUGGAAGCUUUUCUCGAACCAGGCGGUCCCUAAAAGAUUUAACGCUUGAGACACUUCAGCCAUCUGACAGUAGAUGCCACUGUGCUAGCCUGAAGGACAAGAAGUGUAUGAACUUUUGUCAGGCAGGAACAGAGCAUAGGUCUCAGUCCACUACAGAGAAGAAAUGGAAACAUCUGCUUAAAGGGAGAGAUUGCAAAGGGCUUGGACUGAAGUGCACAUUUCAUCAACUGGCUGAAAGCAAGAAAACGAAGAGGUUGGAUACUCUUCGAAACAGUAUCAAAGCUUCUUCCAAUAUUGCCAAACUGGUAAGCAAGCUGCACAAACUGAAGCAGUUGAAGCAUAACCGAACAUAUGAAAAACAAAACAUCUGGCAAAGUAUGAAAAUGACAUCGUAGUGGAAAGAUCACCAGUUCUAAUCCUCAAGUCAUCAAGACUUUCUGGCAAAGCUUCGCUGAGACUUUGUUUUGGCUUCUUAAUAUUCCACUUCAGGAAAAGAUCAAGGAAAGUUGAUCUAAAUAUUAACUCUGUAAAGUAAAGGAGAUCCCACAUAAAUAUACCAUUCAGACUGUUGACAAAGCAGAUAAACACUGGCAUCUUAUUGGAAUUCAGUUGGUUCCAGUGGGUCAAAGAACAUUUUUUCAACCAAUUCCUUUAAAGAUUGUCAAAUGAAGAAUGGACAAUUUUGGGUCCCAGCUCCAAAAAGAGAGUAACAUUUAAAGCAUCAACUCCUUUGAUUUGUCAGGUUUCAGCCACAGUAUAACCCAGGCAAGAUCAAAAAUAGAAAGAUCAAGAUUUGAAAGGGAAGAUGCCUUAGUUCUGACCCUGAUUAAAGGCCAAAUAAGUGUGCUAUUUUGAUGGAGGCGCAUAUUCUAAAUUACAGGUCUACCUCAUAUGCUCGAAAUUGCACUCCUGUCAAACUAACAUUACAACUAUUUUGUGAGUUUUGAGUGUUGGCUUCAACCUCUUACCUUUAAUCACGAUUGCCUAUAGUCUAGUUAAUUUAGUUUCAGACUUUCACGAUUGCAGAUUAAAUUUGUCUACAAUCUGGUGGUAAGGGAAUGAAACAAAUUGCCUCCAUCCCAAAGAUGCAAUGUCAUUUGAGAAUAUAGAUUUCACUGUUUUUCAGUGGAUCAUGUUUUUAAAAGAGUGUUAAUUAGAAUCGGAGUGAUAAAGGAUUGUUAAUACAUGAAGUUCAACAUAUAUGAAAACACCCAAAAUUUAGUGCCAUUGAGUGAAACGUGAAUUGGAUGACCAAAGUUGUACUAAGAGGUUGGACUGUCUACUUUUGUUCUUUAUAAAUAAAAUUUGAAGGCAACAACUAGUUUAAAACUAAGAUCAAAUGCUUAUCCUGAGCAAACAUGAAUAGCAAUGGAUUUAUCUAUAUGAUAAAUUUUCUGUAUAAUGUUUUUGGAUCAUAUUUUGUAUGAUCUGUUCUUUACCAUUAUACAUUUAUAUUCAGGUGAUUGUCAAUUAUAUUUACUAUGUUGAACGUAUAUUGAAACAGGCCAUAUUGGUCUACAUGUUUAUAUGUUUUAUAAAUUUCUGUAUGAAAUUGGAAAAUUCUUUAUGCCUGGUAAGGUAAAUAUACUAGAAAUAAAUAUUUUUAACUAUUCAGUUUA